AUGUCUGAGAUCGACGAAGCAAUCAGCCAUGCAGGCUUUGAUGCUGCGGAUCAUCAGACCGCCUACGUCUACGCUCCUGCUGCUGAUCCGGAACAAUCUGCAAGACCCUCGAAGAGAAGGAAAGUAUCCAGAUCACGAAGCUCUGUCACUACUUAUGAGGACGUCAACUGCCUCACUUUCGAGCCAUUACUCGAAGGCCUCGAGACCCUUGAAUGUGCGAAUCUGCGCAAGAUGCAUUUCGAAAGGGCGUGGUCGUCUACAGAGGGGCGGAUUCAGACCAUCUUAGAUGAGGCGAACGAAGGGACCGUGGCAGAGGUUACAGCUUUUGUCAAUGAAGCAAAACAGGUAGACAUGGAUUCGUCGCAUCUUGCAACGGGGUUUGUUGUGACUGGGCCAAACAUCACAUCUCAGGGACUUCUUUUCAGCCAGCUCUCUACACGGUUGAGAGAGGAGGCCAAUGGGCCUGUGGUCGUCCUACGUUCAGGAGAUGCGUCCAAUCUGAAAGCAGUUCUGAAGAAGCUCAUUCGAGAUGCUACCAAUCAAGAUUCCGGCGAGGAUGACGAAGAUGAGAACAUCGCAUCGCAAAGAGAUGGACGGAAAUUACUUAAUUACGAUUUGGAAAUUCUUCACGGUUAUGUUGAGUUGCACAGCAGUCGGGCAGUGGUUAUCGCAUUCCAAGACAGUGAAGCUUUCGAUUUUAACCUAGUUAGGUUCUCCAAUUCUGCUUUAUCAGGAGCAUUGGCUGAUCUGUAUAGCUCCUGGAGAGAUCGCAUCCCUUUUGUGCUCCUCUUCAGCAUAGCCACUUCAGUUGACCUGUUUCACGAAAGACUUUCGAGAGCCGCAAGCCGUUGCUUGGAAGGCCGCCAAUUCGAUGUUGAACAGACUAGUUCUCUGCUUGACAGGAUGUUUCAAAAAGCUGUUGCUGGUGUGGAAGCACCCCUGCGAUUAGGUGCUGGUUUAUUGUCCAGUUUAAUAGACAGGCAGGAAGACCACGUUCAGAGUAUUCAGUCGUUCAUAGCUGCGCUGAAAUUCGCCUACAUGUGCCAUUUCUAUGGCAACCCAUUAAGCAUCUUUACCGGUGUUUCUGACGAUGACGAUGCAUCGAUCAUGAAUCUUGUCCAGCCUCAACAUCUCGAAUUGAUACGCAUGCUUCCAUCAUUCAGAAAAUUGUCGGAAGACUUGGUGGAUGCUGGAGAGACGAACGAAGUGCAAAAUUUACUUGAGGAUGACAAGACUUUACUCCGCGAGGUAAUGAACCGUCUUCAGUCAGGGAACGCUGAAAUUACUCGUGUUUUAAGAGCUAUGCACUUGGUGGCGAUUUGCUCGCUCAAGCCUGUCACUAUGAUUGAGCUCUAUAUAACAGUAUUUCAAGGGAAUUUUAUCGAUUCCGACUUUAUCAGGUCUAUUCUUGACUCUGUCAAGCAAAUGGCACCGGAAGAUCUAGUCGAGUUUAUUCGGAAAAUUAGGGAUCGUAUACACGAAGGAUUCUUGCCAAUGGACCUGGAUGGAUGGGCUGAUCAUGAUGCCGAAUUUGUCGGCGAUCUGGCAGAAGUCCAGACUCAAAUAUCUUCGCUGCUUGAAGACUCCAAGGCGAACGGAAAACCCGUCCGAAGCAGCUAUGCUAUCCACAGCAAAGGCGUGCGGACCACUGUGAUUGCACAGAGAGUCCAACUCAGCUACGAGAAGUCGACGCUGUCUGGACAGGAUAAGGAGUUCACAACUUUAGUCGACCACCUUUCCCAGAUUUUGCUCGACUAUUUCACUAUCGAGAACCCAAGGGAGAUUUUUCUGAACGAAGUCUGGCUCUUCAAUUCGACUUCGCCAUAUACCCAGUACUUCACCCCUCGGCCACGUGAGAAUAUAGAGCAGGCUCUGUCUGCACCAUACCACUACCUAAACUGUCAAUGUUGCGAACCAUCUGAAGGCCUGUCAUCGACCCACCCUGCGACUGCCAUCUUGUACCAAAUGUACUUGGAAACCGGAUCUCUCAUUAAUAUCUUUGAUCUAUGGUCUGCAUUUCUGGAAAUGAUCAGCGGAGGUGACGAUCAAAAGGUUGACGAGAGGGAUGCGUUAGUCUUAUUCUACAUGGCUCUGGCGGAUCUCAAAUCACUGGGUAUGAUAAAGCAGAGCAAGAAGAAGGCGGACCAUCUGGCUAAGGUAGCAUGGAAGGGCCUUUGA